UGUUGUUACCGGAAGUGACGUUUCGGUUCUCCUAGAUCAUAUACUUACUGACGGAUGCCCAGUGGCAGAUUCGGUCGCGACCAUAACUGGUUUAAUGAUCUCGGGGGGAAAUAGUUUUCGGGGGUGGGGAAGAGAAAAGAGACUUCUGCGUAGUGGACCAUCGUCUUCGAGAACCUUUGGGCUAAAGGACCAGUGCUCGAAGCGGGCUGAAAGUGAGGAAUUUGUUGGAGAGAAACAAAAGACCGUUGCGAGUUCCCGCGGGAGUGCUCAAAGAGCCGCUACAAAGAGGGCGGGAAACGGACACAAGGAGCGGGAGGAGAGCGAAAACGAGAGAGCGCUGAGAGAGCGCUAGCGCUGAGAGAGGGCUAGCGCUGAGAGAGGGCAGGGCUGUAAUCUCACAGACUAGGCUGGCCUCAGUGGCAAGGGAAGUCCCGCUUGAAGCGACCUCAAACAGUGACCCUUACUGAGUUUCACUUCUGAAUUUCUUGAAAUUUCAGGGUAAAGUGCCCCGGCGGUGAACAGAAGUACUAGGCAAUACAAUUCAGAGGAAGGAUUGCAGUUUCAGAUCAUACGGAUCUGUCUAUCAUACCUGUUCAUUAUAAAGCACUAUUUGCAUAGAUGUUGCUCACAAACAAUAAUAAUAUGUCUACUCCAGAAACAAGCCUCACUGAGUUUAAUGGAACUUGCUAACAGCCUACACAGAACAAUUCUGUGUAUGUCAGUUCCUGAAGCUAGUACUACUGAGCUUAAUGAGACUUACUGGCAGUCUAUAUUAAGCACUUCCUAGAAUUUGAAAGAAGAAAUAUAACAUGAUAAAAUGGCUACAGGAGAUUUAAAAGGAAACUUGCGUAAAAUAGAGCAAGGACUUCGGCUUUUAAAUUAUCCCAGAGAUGUGGAUUAUGCUGGAUUGGCAAAGGGGGAUCCAUCUGUGUUCUUGCCCAUCAUCAGCUAUUGCUUCACAUCUUUUUCAACAUAUAUUGCAGAGCUUCUAGCGGAAUCCGAUGUGGAACUUACAGCAAAGAGUGACUUACGCUUUAUUGAUGCCAUUUAUAAGGUUCUCCGAGAUCAAUUUCAGUAUAAGCCAGUCCUGUCAAAGCAGCAGUUCCUUCAAUAUGGCUUUGCAGAGAGAAAAAUACAGAUUGUUUGCGACAUUAUUAGUUCCAUCUAUAAAAGGCAUAAAGAAUUAAGUAAUGUGAAUAAGGUGAAAUCCCAGACAAGAAAGAGAACCCAUUCUGUUAAACCUCAGUCACAAGCAAACUACUCUAAUGUUCCUGAUUCUGCAACUAUCUCUACUAUGGAUUUUCAGCAGAAACCUCAGAUAGAUCGUCAUAAAAGUAUGUUGAGCAUGAAUAUCUCUGAAGACAUCAGUGAAGCAUUGGAGGAGGAGGAGGAUGAAGUCGUCUGUACUGCCGAUGCUUCAGACAGUGUAUGUGAGCAGGUCUUGGAGGAUAGUAACAAUGAAAUGCAAGAAUUAAAGUGCCAACUUGCUGAACUGCAGGAGAAGUUUAAUAAACUGAACUGGGUGGAAGACAAAAUACAGGCUUUAGAAGAUAAACUACAGGGAAAGGUUGUUAUAGAUGAAAAGGACUGGAAUAAUUUACUGAGCCGGGUAUUGCUCCUUGAAACACAACUGUUAUUGCUGUCCAAAAAGGCUGACUUACCUGUAGAUUUUAAUAACAUGAGAGAAGAAAAUACCUCUAGCAGAAAUAUGACUCCAGUUUCUCCUGAUAGAGAGAAGGUUGAGCUGCCAGAGAGUCUUCAUCAGUCGUCUGGAUACAGUUCACUGUUAUCUGCAGACCCAUCUCCCAAAGCCAUGGUCGUUAAUAAUCAUGGUCUGUCAGAGGUUUCAAAGGAGACGACAAUACAAAGAAUGGAAAGAAUAAGUAAAAUGAUUGAAGAAACUUCCGAGUUGCUGAAGACAUCAAGUAACACCUCUUAAGAGCAUUCUGUCCUGCACAGCCAGAUAUCUGGAAGCAAUUAUGUAUACCUUUAAAUUUUUAGAGCUAUUUUAAUCUUUUUGUGAUUCUUUUAUGACUGAAAUUAUAUAAAGCUAUCCAUAUUUAUGAAAAUAAAUAUUUUGUAAUAUCUUUGA